UAAGCCUAUCAGCAGAGGAAUCAAACACAACAUUCCAAAUUUAGACAUGUCGUAAAUUAUACAUGAUAACUUUAUUUUCUCCAUUGUGGUCAGUUGGUGGUUCGUGGAAUUUUAAUCCAGUCUUGGCGCAUUUUCGAAUUUGGGUUUUGCUGCAAAUCGGUUAAUUGUAGCGAAGGGUCAGUGACAGAUCCAUUUCCUUCGAAGUUCCGCAAGCGGAGCAAUUUUCUUGCUAAUGGAGUGAGUUAACAACGGGGGCUCGAUACGUGUUUUAAUUGGGUACUCGAUUUGCUUAGUACGGUCCUGAGUUACUGUUCACGCUCAACAGGCGUAUCCGUGAGUCUUCCUGCGUAUUUCGACAAAUAGUCAGCAACGUGAAUGUGGUGUUAUUUAUGUGCUCCAAAGCGAUUUUCAAUGAUUUUCCCGAUAUCGACCUGAACGGCAGCAUCUCGCAGAAAUGGAGGCGGUUACGUAACUGCUGCGCCUCCUUGCGGGGCAUCAGCACCCAAAGCAGCCCCGAGGCGUCUCGGGACACCCUCCUCAAUAGUCCUAGUCCGCGAAUUCUAGUCAGUACUCCGCACCCGCACGCCACUUCGUCGCUGCGCCUCCCCGGGGCGAAGAAGAACAGCGUCCAGGACGUCCUGCGGGCGAAGCUGAGCCGCAUCCAUGUGGGGCUCCGCAAGCGCCGGGCCUUGUCCGUUCAGGAGUUCUUCCACAGCCCGACCCACGAGCCCCAGCAGCCCCAGCCCACGUUCUACGUCCCUUCGCCCGUCUCGCCCGACUCGGGCUCCGCCUCGCUCCCGACCAUCGACUGCGAUCACCCGGAGGAGAAGGUGCAGACGCGGCGAAGGGCGCGCUCACGCCAAAGAACAGUCAAUUCGGUGAAUUUAACUCGGGAUUACGGCUAUGAUAGUGAGAGUCAAGGGUACGAUUCCCUCCCGUAUGAGCCGCCCCCUGACUACGACCUGGACGAAAACCAAGCAACGAGGCGCUGGUCGGUGGUUGGGAGUAUUCUUCAUAAGAAUAACCAAGAUAACAAAACGAAGAAUCUAAUUAAGUUAGAAAAUGUAAAUAUUAAAAUUCCCAAAACGAAGCUUAAGUUUGAACGGGCGAGAUCGCAUUCGCCCAACAAGAAUAAAUACCAGACGAAGCCAAUUAAAAGUGAAGCCGACACGAGAAAUUUUAAUUCCAAAGUUGUUACCUCCAAAAGCCAUUAUGAACUUAUGAGUGCUAAACAAAGGCCGGAUGUUGGACAAAAUGGUGAAUGUGAACGGAUGAGUAGCGACCAUAAACAGGACUGGAUUGAGGAGCUCGAGGAGAUCGAGGAAGAGGAAGAGAGCAAGUUCUGCACGCUCCCUCGCGGAGGCGGCAGUACGUUUACGAUAAGACAGGUUGUUUUCCAAAAGGGCCCCGGUUACAAGGCUUUAGGUUUUAGCAUCGUCGGAGGGAGGGACUCUCCGAAAGGCAGCAUGGGAAUUUACGUAAAAACUAUCUUUCCUAACGGUCAGGCAGCAGAUAGCGGGACUUUAAAAGAAGGUGAUGAAAUUUUGGCUGUUAACAGUAAACCCCUCCAUGGAGCUUCGCACCAGGAAGCUAUCGCCGUUUUCAAGCAAAUCCGUUCAGGUCAAGUGCUGCUUCACAUAGGGCGGCGCGUUGCGAAAAAACCGCGCGAGAGAGUUGCUUAAGGAAACGUCUUCUCGAUUCUAUGUAUUCCAAAGACUAUUUAGUAUAAGCGUUUUAUGUAGAUAUCUUACCCUAAUGUUUUUUAUACUGCUAAUAAACAUUUAAAUCGCUGGUUUA